AUGUCUAACAACAACGAAAUUGAAAAAUUAAAAAGACAAAUUGUUGAAUUACAGGAUUUGGUUCAAAGACAAAACAAAGUUAUUUCAAAAACAGGCCAGUCCGUUUUAGAAAUGCGAGUAGAUAUGCAAAAGGCUGCCAUUAGAGAAUUACCAGAUAUUAAUCCAAAUAAUCUUUUUAGCAACUUUGCCACAGCAAAAAGCGGUACUAGUACCAACUCAAAAUUCGACCCUUCAGAUUUUGUUACUAAUGAAGACAUAGUUCAAUUAGUAGGUGAAUUACAAGGCCAAUUAGAUGCUAUUGAAGAAAGAAAUAUUAAAAGAAUAGUUAAUUCCACUAAAAAAGAUUUAAAAGAUUAUGUUGCACCUUUAACUAAUGCAGAUGGUGACAAUCCAGUUGACUUGACGGAUGACAAAUUAUUUCCCAAAACUGUAGGCGAUUUUAAGAACAUGGACAAUAUAACCCUAUACCAAUUGGCUAAAUUUUACGAGUUAUUGCCAGCUACAGUCAAGGACCAGCAAAAUUUUGAAAAUUUUUUGGAGGGAAAAAUGCAGGAUUUCCAUAUAACCGAAUCUUUGACGAAGGAACAAAUUGAACGAGAAAUCAAGAAUAAUUUUAGGUCCGAAGAAGACUUGAAUGAUGUGUUUAAUGACUUAGCCAGAUUUUUGGGCUUAACUUUAAGAAGAGGGACCGAUGCAUGGUAA